UCUCUCUCUCUCUCUCUCAAUAAGCAUUUAUUUAUUUAUUUUCUAUUUUUGUAUUUUGUCGUUGCUUCAUUGUAUUAUGUUAGGUAACCUUAAUUUAAGGUUCCAGUGUCUUUGGAACUUUGUUACUUGACAUUUUUUUACUUGGAUUCUUAAUUUCAGUUCAAUAUGGUUAUGCUACUGGUCAUUACUCAUUAUGUUUUUUUGUUUUUCAAACAAUUGUGAAUGAUAUUUAGGUAACCAACCAAACAAAGAAGGACUUUGAAGAAGCAUAGCUGAAAAGUGAUAUUAAUUAAUAUUUUUAAUUUUUACUUUUUGUUGUUAUUAAUAUUAUGGAGUGGAAUUUGAAAGCACCUUCUUGGGAUUGGGGUAUAGAAGAGGCAACAUUACCCAACAUAGAAACAAUGGAAGAAUCAAACAGAUUUGGAGUUUAUAAAAUGAAAGGGGAGUUUUCUGUUGAUUUGAAGCUUGGUCAGGUUGGGAACUCUGCCACUGAUCAAUCACCACUUCCUUUGUCUAAUGAUGCUGUUGUUGUCUCCAAAAUUGCAACACCUACUUCUUCAUCAGGAUCUUCUAAGAGAGCUAGAGCUAUGAAUAAUAAUACAACAUUGACAGUUUCUUGUCUUGUGGAUGGGUGCAAUUCUGAUCUUAGUAAUUGUAGAGAUUAUCAUAGGCGUCAUAAGGUUUGUGAACUUCAUUCCAAGACUCCAGAGGUUACAAUUUGUGGCCUUAAACAAAGGUUCUGCCAACAGUGUAGCAGGUUUCAUUCACUGGAGCAAUUUGAUGAAAGAAAAAGAAGUUGUAGGAAACGUUUAGAUGGACACAACCGAAGGAGAAGAAAACCUCAACCUGAACCUAUCACGCGACCUGCUGGUAGUUUUUUGUCCAAUUACCAAGGCACCCAGUUGCUACCUUUUUCAAGUUCUACUACCAUGGUGAAUUCAACUUGGAGUAGCGGACUCAUAUCUUCCUGUGAAAGUGGUAGACUUCACAUUAACAACCAACACCAGCAAGUUCAUGUGGUUGAUAAACAAGAUCAUUUUCUUGGUUCUACUGCAACCACCUACGAAGGGAAACAGCUUCAAUUCUUACACAAUGACAACAACAAUCCCUCACUUCAUAAUGAAACCGCACCUCUUCUUAGGACAAGUAGCAAAAUGUUCUGUGAUAGUUUAGCAACUUCAGUACACGAGUCACCUUGUGCUCUCUCUCUUCUGUCAUCAUCACAGACGCGCAUACCUGAUAAUGGUUUGAAUCAAAUGGUGCAGCAACCUCAUUCAAUGUCCCAUAUGCAGCCCUUGGGACUGAGUCUGCAUGGUAACAAUAGCUUUGAGUCCAUGGAAGGAGUGUUGGUCCCAAAUGGAAGUGAGAGUGAUCAUUGUUCCUCGUUGUAUAACAUGGGUUCUGAUGGAUCACAAGGCAAUGAUGCACCUCAACUAUUUCCCUAUCAAUGGGAAUAGAAAAUUUUAAUAAGUAUCAUAAGUGUUCACCCUUUGUUAGUUCAUUUUGAAUGAAUUCUUUGCACUUGGACUACUUAGUUAUGGUGGUUUUCCUUACCGAGAAAGUAAUGUAUGAAAUUUAAUCUCUAUCAUGAGGAGAAAAGAAAAACUAGAAUAAUAUUCAUAAUGGGAUUUUGUUUCUUUCUCA